AUGCCAUCAGUGCGUACAGUAACUGUGGAUCAGCCUCUCCUCAAGGUUGGAUGCACGCUAGGAGAAGGUCCAUUGUAUGACCCACGGACUUCCACAUUGCACUUUGUUGAUAUAUCGGAGAAUAAGCUCUUCCAUUUCAAUGUCAUAGAUCGUACUCUCGAUGUGGAAUACUUCCAUGAGCCGGUAACAUCGUUGGCCUUACGGCGUUCAGGCGGUCUCGCCUGCACUGCGGCCCAAGGCUUUGCAACGCUUGACGGGAAAUCUAGACUUUCAUAUCUAUCCAAGCCACUCCCAGACGGUUUCCUCCCCUUCGUCCGCUUCAACGAUGGCGGGUGCGAUAGCAGAGGUCGUUACUUUGCAGGAACAAUAGAGUCGAAGGAUCCAGAUAUCCCGGGGCAGCUAUUCCGGUAUGAUCCCAGUGAUGGUUCUUGCGUGGCUGUAGACGAAGGGCCAUUCACGGAUUCGAAUGGAUUGGGAUGGAGUCCAGAUGAGAAGACGCUAUAUUUCACGGAUUCGUUGGUGAACCGGAUAUACGCGUACGACUUCGACUCGGAAGAUGGCAGCAUUUCUAACCGUCGGACGUUCGUCGACGCGAUGGCGCAAGGCUAUCCACAAGGCACCUUCGCUGACGGCCUUUGUCUAGACAAGGACGGAUUCGUGUGGAGUGCGCGGUGGGGAGGAUGCCGAGUCGUCAGGUAUUCGCCGGAUGGAACGCCCGAUCUCGAGGUCGAGUUCCCUAGUGCCUUGAACAUUACAGCGUGUUGUUUCGGAGGGCCCAAUAAUGAUCAAUUAUUCGUGACCUCGGCGCACUGCGGUGCCAAUGGUGGGGAUGCCAGCAGACAAGAGUCGUAUCCAGAUUCGGGACACUUAUUCGUUGUCGACUUUUGCGGAGAGUUCGAAGGAAGAGCACGAUAUGAAUUUUCUGGAUGA